AUGGAUGGUGUAGAUAUUUAAGAAGAUAAUAAUCUAGAUGAUGAUUGUGAAAUCGUAUUCUUUGCUAAUAAAAAAUAAAUUACAUAUGAUCAGCCUAUUGAUUUAAUAGAAAAGCAAGUAAACAAUGAGUUGAUAAAUUAUCCUAACAAUGUAGAAUUGUUAUUAAUAAUUGGAUAGAUAAAUUUAAAAUUUAAAAAUGAUUCAGUUUAGGCAUUAUAAAUUUUUAAGCGAGUUUUAAUUUUAGAUCCGUUAAAUAUAGACAGUAGAAUAGAAAUUAUAAAUUUAUUGAUACAAUAAAAAUAAUAACAAAACACACAAUAUAUAGAAAUACUUAUUUCAGAAUGCAUGAAAUUAGACCCUAAUUAUUGGAGAGUUACAUUCAUGAAAGGGAUGUAUUACCUUGCUUUUUUUAAAAGCUAAUAAGCAAUUUAAGUAUUAGAAUAAGGAAACUAAAUAUUCCAAAAUAAUAUAUGGAUUAAUACCCUUUUGGCAUAAUUAUAUAGCGAGUAAUAAAAAAACAAUUCUAAAGUACUUUUAUAGGAGGUAACAUAGUUUAAGAAGCUUAAUUACCAAGUAUUGACAGGAAUAGCACUUACUUAUUUGAAUUUAAAAGAGUAUGAAUUAGCAUAGUUUUAUUCAGAUAAAAUUUUAAAGAUAAAUAAAAAUUCCUGUCCUGCUUAUAAUAUUUAGGCUCAAAUAAACAAAUUUUAUCAUAAAAAUUUAGAAAUGUGUUUUUAAAAUUCAUUGAAAUGCAUAUAGAUAGAUUCUAAUUAAGUAUAGGCAGCUUAUGACCUAUAUCUAUACUAUUUGAAUAAAGGAGAUGAGAAAAAUAAAGAUAUUUACCUUAAGAAAAUCACUUAGCUAUAAAUGACUAACUAAUAAAUAUUAUAUUAAGGUCUUUAGGAAAUUUAUUCAAUGCACGAAAACGAUUUAAAAUUAUCCAAUUACUAUUAUCGUAAAAUAAUGAGAGUAAAUCCUAAAAAUCUGGAAGCUAACUUAAUAUUUUUAUAAUAAGGAUAUUUUGAGGAUAAUGAAGAACUUUUAUAAUCUUCUAUAAAUUUUUUAAAUAAGCAAAAAUUAUAAAAUUUUGAUGAUAUUAUGGACUAUAAUACAGUGAGUUAAUUGAAUUUUUAGUUUUUGUGA